AUGAAGAUUGAAGAAACAUUCAGAGUCAGACAUGAAGAUACUGAGACACAAACAGACCUGAAAGAAGAGAGUGAAGAACUGAAAGAAAUGCAAGAUAAAGAUCAGUACAAAAAACACCAUGAAUUCAUAACUGGACAAAAAUCAUUUAGUUGCUCACAGAAAGCAAAGACUUCCUCACAAAAAAGAGCUCGAAAGACUAGAUCUAGAAGUCAUUUCAUCUGUCAACAGUGUGGAAAGAGUUUCAGCCAUCAAGGAAAACUUAAAGUCCACAUGAGAAUUCACACUGGAGAGAAGCCUUUCAUCUGCCAACAGUGUGGAAAGAGUUUCAAUGAACAUGGAAACCUUAAAGUCCACAUGAGGAUUCACACCGAGGAAAAGCCUUUCACCUGCUCUCAAUGUGGAAAGAGUUUUACUCAUAAAAGCACUUUUAAUGCCCACAUGACUAUUCACACAGGAGAGAAGCCUUACACCUGCAAACUGUGUGGGAAUAAUUUUGUUGGAAAAGGAAGUUUUAACAUGCACAUAAGGAUUCACACUGGAGAGAAGCCUUACACAUGCCCUCAGUGUGGAAAGAGUUUCACUCAACAAGGAAACUUUAACAGGCACAGGAGAAUUCACACUGGAGAGAAGCUGUUCACAUGUAAACUGUGUGGAAACAGUUUCACACGACAAACAAGCUUUAACGGGCACAUGAGAAUUCACAACAGAGAGAAGAUUAAACCUGUAAAUUGUGUGGAAGAACAUCACAAUAAAACUAAAUCUUAACUAUCACAUGAACAGUCACACUGGUGAGAAGCAGUUUACAUGUGAACAGUGGAAAGAGUUUCAGGCGAAAAGCAACCAUUAAUAAGCACAUGAGGCUUUACACUGGAGAGAGACCUUUUACGUGUCUUCAGUGUAAAAUGUGUUUCACAUAUCAAAAAGACCUCAAACAUCAUUGUGGCAGUCAGGAUGGGGCCGAGAGCUGUGGGAAGGGAUUGAGGCCUCGAGUUUCAUGGAAGGUUCCCGCCUCCUUGCUCUGUUCCCAUGACUCUCAGCCCCGCCCUGCUUGCCACA